CUAAAUGUAACAGCUAUGAGACUCUUGUUAUCAUUCGUGUUCAUCUUCCGCCGGAAAUGGCUUGCGAAGUUUUCCAUUCCUGUUAUGGCCGUGUUUGUUAUAUGCGGUGUUUUAAUCACAAGCGAAAGAGGUGGGACUCGAAUUGCAUUUAAUCUGUCUUCAGUUCGCGCAACCAAUCCACUGACAAGGGAAAUCUUCAACGACAAUAUGUCCAAGGAAAGACAGGAAAAUGAAAUAAUUUCUGGAAUAAACGUCCAUACUUGGUACGACUUCUGCCCGUCGCCGCUUCAUGUUCUGUGUUACCACCCAUUGUUUCCAAAGGCACCAGACGAGAAGGCAGUCAUUACAGCGCUAGACGUUACAAGAUCUAAAGAUAAGUAUGCCCAGAGAAUAUUUGGAUUCUUACAUCCACCGAAAACGGGCAAGUACAAAUUCGCAAUUGCUUCGGAUGAUUUCUCAGAAUUGUGGCUCAGUGCAGGGGAAGACCCUUCCGAGGCUGUUUUAAUUUGUAGCCUGGGCGAAUGGACUACCAGGGAUAAUUUCCAGCAAUCACUGUCACAGGUUUCAGACGAGAUAGAGUUAAAGGAAGAUCGAAAAUAUUUCAUAGAAAUUCUACACGUUCAAUUGUUGGGAGUCGACUUUCUCCAAGUGGCGUGGAGCGUGCCUGCAACGCCACGUGAUAAGUUUGAAAUAAUCUCCACUGACAGCCUGUCUUUGUUUCUGAACGAUAGCGGGACUCUGCAUAAUUACGACAUGACUCCAGACAGUCCAGCAUGCAAAUCAAGAUCCCACCAUCGGCAGAGUACAAGAACGGAAACUAAAGCCACGCCACAAUACCUCUCUCAUGAGAUGGUAAGAGAUGUGUUGCCUUAUUGCGAAUAUACGCCAAGCUAUCUUACAAAAAAGGAAGCACCUGAUGGUAGCCCACAACUUGUUUAUGACUUCAUCCUGAAAGAUCAUUUUAUUCCUAUAGGAAGUUACCCAGCAGCGGAGUACAGAACGAUCAUUAAUAAGUUUCCAGAGUUUGGGGAUCAUCAUUUGGAUACAGCAACAGCACAGAAGGUUGCAAGGAUCUACAUGGAUGACUUACAUCAGCGCUAUCCCAGGUAAGUGAAUGCAGCUUUGUGUUAUCGCCCUCUCUUGUUUAAAUUAUUCAUUUUUGAUUUCUUUUUUAAUAUGCAAACAUUUCUUUGUAAAAAUUGG